ACCGGAGAAGGGGAGGGCCAACCCCAAGGCGAUGCUGAGGCCUUCGGGAAACCGGAAGUAAGGAUCAUCGCUCGUUUCCCCUCCGGGCUCCACUUCCAAAGCUAUUCUCGCCUGUGUUUUUAGUCCGCCUGGGGAACUUCCUCCGCCCGGCACCUCCGGCCUAGAGACAAGGCCGGGAAAAGAUGGAGUAGCUUCACCAGAUGGACUUGCUGGGGGUACUUUGCUGACUCUAUAAGGAACUUAGAAUCCCAGGGAUGGCCUUGGAAAAGGACAGACUCCCAACUCAGGAAGUGGUGACGUUCAAGGAUGUGGCUGUGGACUUCACAAGGGAGGAGUGGCGCCUCUUGUCCCCUCCCCAGAAGGAGCUGUACAAGGAGGUGAUGUUGGAGAAUGCCUGGAACCUCCUCUCUGUGGGUCUGCCAGCUCCCCCAGAGGACGUGAUCUCUUCUUUGGAGCAGAGGGAAGCCCCAUGGAUGCUGGAGCAAGAAGGCCUGAGGAGCUGCUGCCCAGGAGAUACGAUGUCUGUAAUGAAGACUAAUCCAACUGAGAUGAGCCUUCCUGUGAAAGAAUUGGACCUACAAAGAUUCAUUAGUCAUGGUCCCAAUAACUUUGCUUUCAGAGAAUUCUGUGUUCUACCUCAAAACUCAUCUCGUAUUGAACAUCAAAGAAUGCACACCAAGGAAAAAUCUAGUGUAAAUUAUGCGUGUGGAAAGACUUUUAUGCACAGGGACAUUCUUCCUAGAUAUCAGAAUAUCUCUAUUGGGGAGAAAUCUUAUGAAUGCCAGCAGUGUGGGAGGAGUUUCAGGCAGAGCUCCAGUCUUGCUGUACAUCAAAGAAUCCACACCGGGGAGAAACCUUAUGAAUGCAAGCACUGUGGAAAGACAUUCAGUUGGAAUUCCCAUCUUGCUCUACAUCAGAGAAUCCACACUGGGGAGAAACCUUAUGAAUGCCAGCAGUGUGGAAAGGCAUUCAGUUGCAACUCCCAUCUUGCUGUACAUCAAAGAAUCCACACUGGGGAGAAACCUUAUGAAUGCAAGGAGUGUGGAAAGAAAUUCAAACAGAGCUCUGCUCUUUUGGUACAUCAGAGAAUCCAUACUGGUGAGAAAUCUCAUGAAUGCAAGCAAUGUGGUAAGACAUUCAGUCAGAAAUCCCAUCGUGCUUUACAUCAGAGAACCCACACUGGGGAGAAGCAUUAUGAAUGCAACCAGUGUGGAAAGACAUUCAGUAUGACCUCUGCUCUUGCUGUACAUCAGAGAAUCCACACUGGGGAGAAACCUUAUCCGUGCAACCAAUGUGGGAAGAAAUUCAGUCAGUUAUCACAUCUUACUAUACAUCAGAGAACCCACACUGGAGAGAAACCUUAUGAAUGCAAGGAGUGUGGAAAGGCAUUCAUUUGCAGCUCCAUCCUUGCGGUACAUCAGAGAAUCCACACUGGGGAGAAACCAUAUGAAUGCAAUCACUGUGGAAAGACAUUCAGUUGCAUCUCCAAUCUUGCUGUACAUCAGAGAAUCCAUACUGAGAAGAAACCUUAUGAAUGCAAGCACUGUGGAAAGACAUUCAGUCAGAGAUACCAUCUCACUUUACAUCAGAGAGCUUAUACUGGGGAGAAGCCUUUUGCAUGCAAGCAAUGUGGAAAGACAUUCAGUCAGAGCUCCACUCUUGCUGAACAUCAGAGAAUCCAUACUGGGGAGAAACCCUAUGAAUGCAAGCACUGUGGAAAGGCUUUCAGUUGCAGCUCCACUCUUACUGUACACAAGAGAAUUCACACUGGGGAGAAACCUUAUGAGUGCAAGCACUGUGGAAAGACAUUCAGUUGGAGCUCCAAUCUUGCUAAACAUCAGAGAAUUCACACUGGAGAGAAACCUUAUGAAUGCAAGCACUGUGGAAAGGCAUUCAGUCAGAACUCCCACCUUGCUCUACAUCAGAGAAUCCACACUGGGGAGAAACCUUAUGAAUGCAAGCAUUGUGGAAAGACAUUCAGUUGCAGCUCUACUCUUGCUGUACAUCAGAGAACCCACACUGGGGAGAAACCUUAUGAAUGCAAGCAGUGUGAAAAGACAUUCAGUUGUAGCUCUCAUCUUUCUGUACAUCAGAGAAUCCACAUUGGGGAGAAACUUAAUAAAUGCAAUUGAUGUGGAAAGACAUUCAGUCAAAUAUACCAUUUUCCUAAACAAAUAACUAAUAAUUUCAUCACCGAGAAUGACAAUAUGACAUCCUAUCAAAAUCUAUGGGGUACAGCUAAAGCAGUAGUUGGUUCAAUUUAUAUCUGUGAGUGCAUGUUAACAUAUGCAUAUAAAUUGGGGUAGGCAGAGAUCAAUCAAUUGGCAUAUAAAUUAAAAAACUAGAAAGAGAAGAAAUGAAAAAUCCCCUGAGAAAAACUAAAUUAGAAGUCCUGAAAAUUAAAAAGGAAAUUGACAAAAUAGAAAGUGAAAGAAGUAUUGAAUUAAUAAGUAAGACUAGAAACUGAUACUUUGAAGAAAAACAAACAAAAUAGACAAAGUACUGGUAAAUCUAAUAAAUAAUAAAGGAAGGAAGGAAGAAAACCAAAUUAACAGUAUCAAAGAUUAAGAGGUAGACCUCACCUAUAUUGAAGAGGAAAUUAAGGCAAUCAUUAAAAACUAUUUUGCCCAAGUAUGUGGCAAUAAAUACCUCAAUUUGGGUGAUAUGGAUGAAUAUUUACAAACAUUUUAAUUGCCUAGAUUAACAGAAGAAAUAGAAUUCCGUAUCAGAAAAAGAAAUUGAACUUGUUAUCAAAGAACUCCCUACGAAAAAAUCCUCAGGGUCACAUGGAUUCACAAUUGAAUUCUAUCAAACAUUCAAAGAAUAACUAAUCCCAAUACAACACAAACUAUUUGAGACGAUAAGCAAAGUAGUUCUUUUAAAUUCCUUUUAUGACGCAAAUAUGGUACUGAUACCAAAGUCAGACAGAUUAAAAGCAAGAGAAAGAAAACUACAGACCAAUCUCCUUAAUAAACAUAGAUGCAAAAAUCUUAACUAGAAUACUGGCAAAAGGACUCCAACAAGGGAUCACGAGGAUUAUUCAUAAUAAUCAAGUGGGAUUCAUACCAGGAAUGCAAGAAUGGUUCAACAUUGGGAAAACCAUCUACAUAAUUGGAAGGAAAACCAACAAAAAUAACAUAAUUAUCUCAAUAAAUGCAGAGAAAGUCUUUGACAAAAUACAACACUCACUCCUAUUGAAAACAGUAUAAUUGAUAUGACUAGAAGGGCCUCUCCUAAAAAGAAUGAACAAUUUAAAACCAUCAACAAGGAUCAUCUACAAUGGAUGUAAAUUAGAAGCCUUCCCAAUGAGAUGAGGAGUGAAACAAGGAUGUCCAUUAUCACCUUUAUUAUUUAACAUGGUAGUAGAAACAUUAGGAGUAGGAAUUAGAGAAUAAAAAGAAAUUAAAGCUAUUAAAAUAGGCAAUGAGGAGACCCAGCUAUCACUUUUUAGAUGAAAUGAUGGUCUACUGAAAGAAUAUUAGGUAAAUGACUAAAAAGUUGGAAAUAAUUAACAAUUUUACCAAAAUUGCAGGAUACAAAAGAAACACACAUAAAUCAUAAGCACUUCUAUAAAUUUAGAACACAUCCAGGUAGCAAGAGUUAGAAAGAGUAAUUCUAUUUAAAUUCACCCUAGGCAAUAUAAAAUACUUUGGAUUCUAUUUGCUAAGACAAACACAGGAAUUAUACCAACUGUAAAGGAUAAUUUUAGCGUUGUGACUUAAAAAUCUAAAUGAUUGCCAGAGAAAAUCCCAAAAUAAUAAAAUACCCAAGUCAGCUCAAAAUUAUGGUAAUUUAUUUAAACUGCUCUGGCUUAGGCUGAGCCAGGCAGGAGUUAAAAGGCCUUGGCCAAAGGGGACUCCCUGAGCCUAAGGGAAAAUGAGUCAGUGUUAUCACUCACCACAAGACCGUCUCAAGGAAGCUGUUUGAGUGAGCUCCUCCAGGCUGAGUUCCUGGAUCCAUGCCAUAUGUCUGAAUCCCCUCCUGGCCUCUACAUCCUCUUUUUAAAGAUCUUUUCUCUUGUGUUACCUCCCUCAAAUUUUCAGGUCUACCAGUCACAACAGACACCUCUCUCUGCAGGACUGCCCAUUUCUUAUAUCUCACCCUCUGGUUAGAUUUUCUCCAGGACUACUCUUUAGUUCUGACCUUCUCUGGUUAGAUUAUAUCUUUUAAGCUACUUCUCACUUCUUUGUUAAAUUCACCUUUUGUUAGUUACUUGACCUUUAAUUUAACCUUUAGAGGUACUUAAAAUCUUUUUGUAUUAAGAUACUAAAAAUACACUUAGCUUAAAGUUCUUGCUUCACUAUAAGGUGAGAACUAAGUACCUUCAUUAUUCAAUCAGGAGAUUACAACUUUAUCUUCCCCUAAAUACUGUCUGAGUAGGGUGGAAUAAUUUUUGAAGUUCACACAACACAACUACAAAACACUUUGGACACAAUUAAAACUAGAUCUUAAACAAUUGGGAAAACAUUAAUUGCUCAUGGAUGAAUUAAAAUUAUAAAAAUGACAAUCCUACCUACUUAUUCAGUGCCAUACCUAUCAAACUACCAAGAAACUUUUUUACUAAAUUAGAAAAAACUAUAACAAAGUUGAUAUGGAAGAACAAAAAAAUCAAGACUAUCAAGGGAAGUAAUGAAGAAAAAAGUGAACGAUGGGAGCCUAGCAGUACCAGAUCUUAAACUCUACUAUAAAGCUGUGGUCAUCAAAAUAAUAUGGUACUGGUUAAGAGACAGAAGGAAGGAUCCUGUAAUAGUCUUGGAGUGAACCACCUCACCAAGACAUUGUAUGAUAAACUCAAAACUCCCAACUUUUGGGACAAAAACCUACUAUUUGACAAAAACAGCUGGGAAAAUUGGAAAACGGUAUGGGAGAGAUUAGUUUUAGAUCAUAAGAAAAGCCUCUGACAAAACUCUCAAUUACUCUGACAAUUACUCAAAGGUAAGGAGCUAAGUCAGUUGAACAAAAAUUCAAGCUAUUCCCCAUUAGAUAAAUGUGCUAAAAAUAAAUAAUGAACUGGAGGAAUUCCAUUUGAACUGGAAUGACCUCCUGGAACUGAUUCAGUAUGAAAGAUGAGAAACUUAUACACAGUGGCACGAUGGAAUAUAAUGGACUUUUCUACUAGCAGCAAUGUAAAAGAUCAAGGACAUUUCUGAGGGACUUAUGAGAAAGAAGACUACCCACAAGAAGAACUGUGGGAGUAGGAACACAGAAGAAAAACAACUGCUUCACCACAUGGUUUAGAUGGGGGAUGUACACUAAACAAUCACCCUAGGGCAAAUAUCAGUAAUAUGGAAAUAGGUCUUGAUGAAAGACACAUGUAAAACCCAGUGGAAUUUCAGGUUGGCUUCAGCAGAUGGGUGAGAUUAGGGGAGGGAAAGAACAUGAAUCAUGUAACCAUAGAAAUAUUUUCUUAAUGAAUCAAAAUUAAAUUUAAAAAAAUAACAGUAAAAGAUGAAAAUACAAAAAUAAAAUAAAAACUGAAAAAGAAUUCCAA